CCGUGUUGAUUUGUCGGAUGCAGGUCGCCGGGUCUCCUCCUCGGCUCCUUCGCUCUCUGAGUAGCGACGAUUUUGGAGACAAACUGAGCCACGGAGGUUGGUAACUUCUUUACAAAAAUAAUCUAAAAAAGACUUCUGGGUACCUUAGGUUCCCGUUUAAGGAGCGGUACAGAAUUUAACUGUGCUUUUUGGGAAAUGUAGGUUUGGGGAAAUGUUUUAGGACUUCAGGUUGGGGUCGACCAUGUUGCAUUCAAGGACGAUACUGUUAGUCGGAGAGGGGAAUUUCUCCUUCUCCGCCUCCCUUUGCGAGAUGGAGAAAGUCACGGCCACUUGUCCGCAGCGUCAGGAGGAGGUGCUGCUCUUUGAAGGAGCAGCCAGCAACAUCAGCAGCAUCACGGAGUCAGGGGGGAGUGUGCUGUUUGAGGUGGACUGCACGCGGCUGGAGGAGUGUCCGGCGCUGCGGGGGCGGCUGUUCGACCGCGUCCUCUUCAACUUUCCACACUGCGGGAGGAAAAGCGGCGUGAAGAAGAACAAGGAGCUGCUCAGAAACUUCUUCCUCAGUUGUCUUCAGGUUUUGGCAAAAGACGGGGAGGUUCACGUCUCCCUGUGCAACGGACAGGGCGGAACGCCGGCGGACGAGCCGAGGCGCGAGUGGCACAACAGCUGGCAGGUGGUUGCCAUGGCAGCCGAGGCCGGUCUCAUCCUGAGUGCCGUUUAUCCUUUUGAAAGCAGCAGUCGUCAAGGCUACAAAUGCACCGGAUACAGGAGUCAGGAUAAAGGCUUUCGGGUAGAGAAGGCUUUGCUGCACGUGUUCGCUCGCAGUCAGGUCUACGCCUCUCCUGCAAAGGUUGAAGUGGAGGAAAUGGUUGAGGGAGAGAAGAUCCUCUACGAUGUCCCAGCUGAGCUUAGUGAUUUCAUGUUCAGGAGGUUCCUCUGCUCGGAUUCUGUGCAUCCUGUAAAACUGGUGCAAGAUUUCCUUCUUGAGGGACUGGAGGAAGAGUGGCCAAUCUCCAUGACGACAGAGUCCAUCCCCUUUUUUCUGACAGCCAAACGGCUGCAGGCGUCUAGCUGUGGUGUCGACGUCUCUCAGUGCUACUUCAGGUUUGGCAGAGAUGUGAGAAGCUUGCACACACAGGAGCAUCUCCCGGCCACGACUGUCAGCUCCUCUAAAGAAGACCGGACAAAGAGCGAACGGCCCGAGGGUUUCUGGUCUACAUCCCUUGAUCCCGAGGUCGACCUUGACCUUUAUGUGCUGCGUCCAUCGCUGCUGCCUCAUAUGGAGGAACUUCCCGUAGAGAAGCAGGACAGGAAGAACGAUGUGAGGAAGAGUGGAGAGGCUCUCAAAAGGGCUAAUUUGGAGGGAAAUGAUGAAGGCCAUCAGGAUGUUCCUGGUUUGUUGUGUGGGGCGAGUGAAGUGGUGUUCAGGAAUGUACCCAUCAGCCUUUGGGGUCUGCCAGCCUUCCAUGAGCUCAUCCUCAGAGGUGUUUUCCCUUCCGAAUGUGAGCCGAUGAAACUGUUAGGACACAAACUAGAAUCCCUUCUCGCCCCUUUUAAUGUUUCCAUAGCAACGGAAGGAGAAGUCCUGCAUUUGACGGCACAACCAAUGGGAAUUCUGGGUAAAGUGUUUGUAAACCACCAAGUAGACACAGACAUCAUUAAUGUAUCCCUAAAUUUGGACCUCCUUGCUGUUCUUCUGUUCUCACUCCCCGACUGGCGGUUGCUAUGGACACACGACCAACGUUUCUUAAAGCAGUUUCGUCCCCGCCCGCCACCAGGGACGCCUUGUCAGCCACUGUCCCUGUUCCCUGAACCCAUCAGGUUCGAUAUAAGUUUCUGGACCGGGCCAACGUGGGAUGAGAAGCAGUUCCACGCGGCGGUCAGAGAGGCCAGUCACGGGAGCGUGAAGCUGGUGAAGCUCAUCGACACUUUCUCCCAUCCUGACCUCAGUCAGACGAGUUACUGCUACAGACUCACCUACCACUCACACACUCACGCACUGUCACACACUCAGGCUCUACACUUCCACAAACAGCUCGAGUCUUUGCUCUCAUCUCGCUUAAAUGUCACUAUAAGGUAACACAGAGACGCUCCUUAAAUGGAGAAAUCUUAACCUUUACAGUCGCUGGAUUAGACAUAUUUAAAUCCAAGCUCAAGCGUCUAGAUUUUUGGUUCCACUGCCUCCAACAAAUCAGAUUCAGUUCAUCUCUCUCUGCGAAAGUGCAAUAAUGUCAGUCAAGCUCUGGGUGUGAUGCAACAAGGAAAUAUGGCGGACAUGAUGCAACAGGCUGCAUUGCCCUUUUAAAUCUACUUUCACACUGCCCUCACACGUUCAUGAGUACGAGUUUCUAUGACCAUUUUCAGGCUCUAUGGACUAAACAUGCGGCCAUUGAAUGUGCAUUGGAAGCUAAACCGGUUGAAUUUUGACCAAUCAGAGACUCAGGUUUGGUAGUGACAUGUGGAGGGCCUUUUUAUUCACGGAAGUGCCAACAGUUUGAAUAUUGAUCAUAGAGAAGAAAUUCAUAAUUUAAGUUUGUGCCUGGACGGAGUUAUAUGACACCAAGUCUUUCAUAUAUCAGAAUAAAGCUGUGAAAGAAAAAGCCUUAAGCAAGAAUUUUGAGAUUUGUGCCGCUUUAACAUUUCACACCGAGCCUCUUGAACUGAAGGUGGCGGACAAGCCAAAGAACAGAAGAAGCUCCUCCCUGCUUGUCUAGUGUGAACAUCAUGAAUUAAACAAAUGACCCGUGUGUAUGGAGCUGAACACCAGAGAUGUUGACUGCAACAUCUAAAUAACACACACUCUUUGACAUACCAUCAUCUUGGCGUAUUUACGCAAUCAGCAGAAAUCUUUACAACACAUUACUGACGGAAAAUGCAGCAAAAUCCACGGAUUAACAGUGUUCACUACCGUACAGCGUUACAUAUCAGUGUAAGGCUGCUUUUCUCUAUUUCAGAAUCCACAGCGUUAAUUGCGUCGACGAUUAAAGAGUUGUAGAAAUCGAAAGAAUGUAAAUACUGGGGCUAAAAGGUCGGUUCAUUAGGAGGUUUUAUUUAAAAAGACAAAAAAGUGCAAUAAAAAAAUGGAUCAAGCUGGAUUUUUGUGAUGUUAAUUGUUAAUUGACUUGGAUGUAAAAAAAAGGCAUAUUUUUACAAAUAUUUACAUGUUUACAAAUCUAUUCUAUACAAAUAAAUGGAUUCAACUUUAAACAAAAUGAUGAAAUAAACUUUCUGUGAAUGGACUCAAUCUAUCUUAACAAGUAAAACAGGAAAUUUGUCUUUAUUUCUUCUUUUAGCAAAAAGUAGUACAGUUGAAGUUUAUCAAGUAUGAGUGUAAGUAUACUAUAGAUCACGUGUCAAAGUCAGGGCCCGGAUCCGGCCCUCUGAGUAAUAUGUCCGGCCCUCCAGAUAAUUUUAUUUUAUUUUUAUUAAUGCUCCAAUGUUAUCUUUCACUUAUUUCUAACUUGUAUAGUUUUGACAAAAUAUAUUUUUAUAGAGAGUAAAAUAUUGAAGGCGAGUGGCCUUAGCUUUCUUAUAUAGUGAGACAAAAAAAGAGCUUGCUUUGUUAUGUUUCACAGUUUAUCAACCAAGUAUAUGUAUAUUUGUGUGUAUAUAUUUGUAAAAAGAAGCGCUAACUUCAAUAAAGGGUUAAAUUCA